AUGGCGGCAGGGCUGCAGGUGUUCGGACAGCCGGCGUCCACCGACGUCGCGAGGGUCCUGACCUGCCUCUUCGAGAAGAACCUCGAGUUCGAGCUCGUCCGCACCGACACCUUCAAGAAGUCGCACAAGCUCCCCGAGUUCAUCAAGCUCAGGGAUCCUACUGGACAGGCGACUUUCAAGCACGGUGACAAAACAAUCGUUGAUUCCAGGGCGAUUUGCCGGUACCUGUGCACGCAGUUCCCGGACGACGGGUACAAGAAGCUGUACGGGACGGGGUCGUUGGAGCGGGCGUCCAUCGAGCAGUGGCUGCAGGCGGAGGCGCAGAGCUUCGACGCGCCGAGCUCGGAGCUGGUGUUCCAUCUGGCGUUCGCGCCGCACCUCAAGGACGUGCGCCCCGACGAGGCCCGCGUCGCUGAGAACGAGAAGAAGCUGCACAACAUGCUGGCCGUCUACGACGACAUCCUCUCCAAGAACGAGUACCUCGCCGGCGACGACUUCACCCUCGCCGACCUCUCCCACCUCCCCAACUCCCACUACAUCGUCAACUCCUCCGACAGGGGCAGGAAGCUCUUCACCGCCAGGAAGCACGUCGCCAGGUGGUACGACAAGAUCUCCACCCGCGAGUCGUGGAGGCAGGUCAUCAAGAUGCAGAGGGAGCACCCCGGCACCUUCGAGUGA